AUGAAAUUCUCAUACUCAACCGCUUACACACUGUCUUUGGCAGUUCAGUUCGCUACAGCGGAGCUCAAAUGUCGUCCCCAAGGCCCUGUUCUCCCAAGACCAACAGCCCUCGCCAGCUCUCCAAUCUUUCAAGCAGCAGCCGCCAACUUGACCGAAACUCUCGAAGCAGCUGUCUCAGGUUCAGUCACUGCAGGAUGGCCUACAAACAAUGUCUCCUUCUCACUCGCAGUGGUAAGCGCAGAUCAAGACGACCCUGGUAUGCCAAUAUGGGAGUAUCACCACCUUACAGCCGCCAAUACAAAGGGCACUAAGCACCUGAAUAGAGAUUCUCAGUAUUUAGUUGGGUCUAUAACAAAGGUGUUUACGGACUAUGUGCUGAUCAAGAGCGGUAUGGAUCUUGAUGCGCCUGUUACGGAGUAUCUUCCGGGGCUUGAUGGGAAAUCGAAGAUUCAGUGGAGGGAUGUAAGUUUGAGGAUGUUGGCUUCGUACUUGAGUGGUACACCAGCGAACUAUGGGUUCCCCGACUUUUACUUGUUGAAAGAAAUCUUCUUUGCAUAUGGUCUUCCCCCGAUUGAAGAUAGCGACUAUCCACUAUGCGGCGUUGUAGGUCUCAACAAGGGCUGCACAAGACAAGAGAUUCUUUCCGGAAUGAAAAACUCUUACCCACAGACUACUCCUAACGAGAGGCCAGCUUACUCUAACAUGGCCUUUGUCAUUCUCGGCAUGGCUCUUGAGGAGUAUACCAGGAAGACCUUUGCACAGUUACUUGAAGAGUUUAUUUCAAUUCCAUUGGAUAUGAAAAAUACUUUCCCUUCACCUGGCGAUGAUGACCAAGCGGUAAUUCCACCUGGGGAGAGCAGUUGGGGCUCAGACUACAAAUUGAACACUCCUGCAGGAGGAUUAGUUUCUUCCCUCUCUGAUCUCUCCAGGUUCUCAUAUACCUUGCUCUCAAGAACCUUGAACAUGACUUCAACUGAGAUCAACGGCUGGCUCAAGCCCAGUGCCUUUGCGGGAGAUGCAUACACCAUGACAGGCAUGCCAUGGGAGAUCCUACGUCUAUCAAACCUAACACCGGACCAUCCUCAUGCUGUUACACUGUAUGGUAAGAGUGGUGGUGCGCAGAACUAUAGAAGUCAGCUCAGCUUUGUGGAUGACUAUGGUCUAGCGAUCAUCAUCUUGACUGCCGGUCCGAUGAAGGCAGCGCCUAUUCUUACGAAUGCUAUGCUCUCCACUUUCGUAGCUGCUGCUGAUGAGGUUUCGCGGGAUCAAGCGAAGAGGUAUGAGCAGAAGUACAUGAGCGAUCACGAGAAUGAUGUUGCAAUUGAAGCGUCGUUGAAACAAGACAAGGACUCAAUGAUCCUCGCAUUACUACAUCGCAACCGCACAGACAUCCUCUCCAGUCUUACAGAUAUCUGGGGUCUGACGCUGGGCGACUUUCUUCCAAAAGUUGGACCCAAGAUUCGAGUCUUUCCAAGUCAACUUCGUGAGAACGCGACAAUAGAUGGGAAGCCUGUUACGAAGGAGGUAUGGCAUUUGUGGCCUGAUCUAAACUCAGGGUUUGAAACGGAUCUUCCCGGAAUUGAGAUUGAAGAAAUGAAUUGCGUCGGUUGGUCGAUUCAGGAUUGGGUUCAUUAUGGGGGUGAGCCUCUGGAUCGGGUGUUGGUGUACGUUGGUGAUGAUGGAGAUUCAAGCCCAUCAACAACCCUCAUCCUCGACAACGGCGCCUCCACCAUAAAAGCCGGUCUCAUCCACUCCUCCACCAUCCCCUCCGAACCCCGAAUAAUCCCCAACGUGAUCGCCCGCGAUCGCACGCGCAAAAUCUACGUCGCAUCCGAGCUAGAAAAAUGCCGCGACUUUGGAGAGAUGCAGUUCCGGAGACCUGUGGAGAAGGGGUUUAUUGUUAACUGGGAGGCGCAGAAGGAGAUUUGGGAUAGGGAGAUUUUUGAGAGGGAGGAGUUUGAUCCUAAGGAUGCGAGGUUGAUACUGGCUGAGCCGCCGAAUGGAUUGCCGAUUUUGCAGGCGAAUUGUGAUCAGAUUGUUUUUGAGGAGUAUGGGUUUGCGAGUUAUUAUCGGGGUAUAGGAUCGACGUUUAAUGCGUAUCACGAUGUGCAGAAUAUCUUUCGAACGCCGCAAGAAACUCCUACGGUCGCUAAUACCCCCGCCGAAGCUGUCAUGAUCAUCGAUUCCGGAUAUUCACACACGACCAUAACACCAGUCCUUCGGGGUCAACCGUUACAAUCUGCGAUCAAACGAUUAGACGUCGGCGGCAAGGUUCUGACGAACUACCUCACACGAUUAAUCUCUCUGCGACACUUUGAUAUGCGUAACGACACAUAUAUCGUCAACGAGAUGAAAGAGCUAUCAUGCUACGUCUCACCCGACUUCAAAGCCGAUCUCGAAAAGUCAUGGAAGGGAACGAGAGGUGAACGUCGACCAGAUUAUCUGUCCGGCGGCGGUAUCGCCAAAGAUUACAUCCUUCCCGAUUUUCACACGCGUUUCAAAGGAACUCUUGUCGACUACGAUCCCUCCCGGCACUCCAAAUCCCGAAAACUAGCAGCCCAAUCCGAAGAAGACGCCCUCACCCUACGUAACGAACGCUUCACCGUUCCCGAACUCAUCUUCAACCCCUCAGACGCUGGGAUCCGACAACCCGGUCUCGCAGACCUCGUCCAAGAAUCUCUGCAAGAACUCCCCAUUGGACUCUGGCCUGCUUUACUAGCCAAUAUUAUUGUCGUUGGUGGAAAUACGCAUUUUGAUGGGUUUAUUCAGAGGUUGCAGAAGGAGGUUGUGCAGAGGGUGCCGGAUGAUUGUAUCGUUAGGGUUGCGAGACCUGCGGACCCAGUUACGCAUACUUGGUUUGGGGGUGCGAAUCUGGCGUGUCACACUAAUAUUGAGAGGUUGGCUGUUACGAAGGCGGAGUAUGAGGAGCAUGGUGCUUCGUGGGUUGCGAGGAAGUUUGCUGCUGGGUUGGGGACUUGA